AUGGCUUCUCAAGGCGGGAAAAAAGAUGAGUGUGUCCCUUUAGGAUGCAUGCUGCUCAAUGGUGUGGCCAAACUGCGUCCUCUGUGCCAGUCGUCGUCAGUGUUCUCCCUCCCCAAGUUGAAGUCAGAGUGUGAGACAGCGGAGCCCCAUUUUGAUUCCAGGAGCCGUAUCUUUGAGCUGGACCCCUGCAGCGAGAAUGGCAAAGUCUGCCUGGUCUAUAAAGACUGCACAAAAGGUGUGGUGGCCCUGCAGUGUGAGGUGUGGUUCCUGGACCACUCUCUGUACUGGCACUACCUGAUGCCCAGCUUCACCGCCUACUACCGCCUGAUGAUCACUAACCUGGGCCUGCCAGAGUGGCAGUACGUCUUCACCCCCUACGGCCCCAGGCCAACCUAAUACAUAUACCGUCGCUUCCUAGAAGGGGCUAGUCAGUGGGCGUCUCUCUACAAGCCUCUGACGUUCCACUGUGAGCCCAGUAUGGCUGACCUGGCCAGAGAGCAGACCGUCAACAAGCUGGACCCCAGCAAAGCCUUCCGGGGCAAAGCCAAGCUGAAACAGUCAGCCCAGGGAGACAUAGGAGGACAUGCUCGGGGGCAA